AUUGUUUUGGUGGCAAUAAAUAAGAAAAAAGUGAUAAAAGUUAAAAUAAUAAAUAGUGCGUGUGUCGGUUUUCUUAAAUUAUUUAAAAGUGUUAUGAACGGUGCCGCUCACCUUCGCCCGCGCCCUCACCGCCCAUUGUGCACUACAUCUACACUCAUAUUAUACAUACACACACAUACUCACUGUGAAAAAUUGAGACUUCUUUUAAAACUACUCAACAAUCUAUUAAAUAAAUAAUAAAUAUAAUGUCGCUGCUCGUUACUUGAGGUCGAUGCAUAUAAUAAAAUAUGUAUGUAUAGUGUAAAUCUGUAGAUAGUUUUAAUAUCAAAUGGAUAAGACAAAGCCGAAGGAAAUUGAAAGGGCGUUGUAAACAUAGAGAGAAGCUGCACAUGGAUUGAAUAUACCAAACAUACUCAAAAGAAAUCGGAAGCUCGUCGCUUGGACACAAAAGUAAUUGAGAAUCUUUAGAAUCUGUAGCUGUAGUUGUAGCCGUAACUACUCAUAUAGCUAAAAGAAACGAAAAAAACAACACAUAUAUCUCGAUAAGUCCUCAUCGGAUUGAAAAGAUCGCCGGUGGGCGAAAUUGUGUGAACGUGGAAAUGCAUAUAAUACUAUGUAUAUUGCUAGUAACUACUGUAAAAGAUGUCUUCACAAAUGGAGAGCUGACAAAAAGUCGCAAUGACAUGCUAUCACUUAAGUCCGACAGAUUGGUUGCCAAUUCGACGGAUAUCGGCGCUGCUGGACAAGCAAAAAACAAUAGCUCCAUAAUUACACAUGUCGCUAAAUUCGAUACCAUCCUCAACCAUCUACUGGUGGACACAGUCACUGGUCGUGUUUUUGUCGGUGGAGUCAAUCGCUUGUAUCAGCUCUCACCAGAUCUGCAGCUGCACGAGACGGUAAAGACGGGUCCACAGAAUGAUUCCGUUGAGUGCACCCUACUUGAUUGUCCCGCGAACGCUGUGCGCAAGCCCACGGAUAAUUACAAUAAAGUGUUGCUAAUAGAUCGCGCCACAUCGCGUCUCAUUGUAUGCGGUUCAGUGUUCCAGGGCACGUGUACCGUGCGCAAUCUACAGAAUGUGAGCAUUGUGGAGCAGGAUCUGCCCGAUGCUGUGGUGGCCAACGAUAAUAAUUCAUCGACUGUGGCUUUUAUAGCACCAGGACCACCACAACAUCCGUUGACAAAUGUCAUGUAUGUGGGCGUGACCUACACCAAUAAUUCUCCUUAUCGCAGUGAAAUACCUGCGGUCGCGUCACGAUCCCUAGAGAAAUCCAAAAUGUUCCAGAUUGCCUCCUCGGCGGUGACAACAGGCACACGUACUUUUAUAAAUUCGUAUGCCCGUGAGACCUAUUUAGUCAACUAUGUGUACGGCUUCAGUUCGGAACGUUUCUCCUACUUCUUGACCACCCAACUGAAGCACAGUCAUCAUUCAUCGCCCAAGGAAUAUAUCACAAAGUUGGUGCGCAUCUGCCAGGAGGAUUCCAAUUAUUACUCAUACACGGAAAUUCCUGUGGAGUGCAUAAGCGAUGCCCAGGGUGGAACGAAAUUUAAUUUGGUUCAGGCUGGAUUCUUGGGCAAACCAAGCUCAGAUCUGGCCCAGAGUCUUGGCAUUACAAUUCAGGAUGAUGUUCUCUUUGCCGUCUUCUCAAAGGGAGAUGGCAAUACACCCACAAACAACUCGGCUUUCUGCAUUUACUCCUUGAAAUCGAUUCGUCGGAAAUUCAUGCAUAAUAUCAAGUCCUGUUUCAACGGCAAUGGCAUGAGAGGUCUGGACUUUAUAUCGCCCAGCAUGCCUUGUGUGCUAACGAAAUUGCAAACAAUUGGCGAAGAUUUUUGCGGUUUGGAUGUGAAUUCGCCUCUAGGCGGAGAGUAUCCCAUUACUUCUGUGCCCGUGGCCAUGUUCGAUAAAAGACUAACCGCUGUUGCAGCUACAAGCACCAGCGGUUACACUGUCGUCUUUAUUGGAACCAGUGAUGGUUACAUCAAGAAGGUGGUUGUGGAGUCCUCAAACAUUGCCAAUGAAUAUGCUAGCCUAGCCGUUGAUGUGGGCUCACCCAUCAAUCAGGACAUGCAAUUCGAUAAUCAAAACCUCUACAUCUACGCCAUGUCGGAGAGGAAAGUGUCGAAAGUGAAGGUUUAUGAUUGUGCUGAUUACAAGACUUGUGGCGAAUGUCUAGGUGCCAAGGAUCCGUACUGUGGCUGGUGCUCCCUGGAGAACAAAUGCAGUCCGCGCUCCAAUUGUCAAGAUGAUGCCAAUGAUCCUCUAUAUUGGGUUAGCUAUAAGACUGGAAAAUGCACAACGAUUACAAGUGUGGUGCCACAUCAACUGCAGAGAACCACAGCGCGCACUUUGGAGCUGAUUAUCGACCAUCUGCCACAAUUAAAGGAAAACCUAAUAUGUGCUUUUACCACUGAGGACAAAGCGCUCUUCACAAAUGCCACCAAGAAGCGAAACGGUGUAAAUUGCACAACGCCACGGACCGAUAUGUUGCCUCAAAUCGAACAGGGCAAGCAUCAUUUCACGGCCAAGCUCUCGGUGCGGACACGCACGGGUCCAGAUCUAGUGUCGACAGACUUCACCUUCUUCGACUGCAGCACACAUUCAUCGUGCACCAGAUGCGUCUCAUCCGAAUUUCCAUGCGAUUGGUGCGUAGAGGCACAUCGUUGCACUCACGAUACGGCAGAAAACUGUCGCAACGACAUACUUGUAACUGGCGUAAGCCGCAUCGGACCAAGCUACCGUUCCGGCCCAGGCUUCUGCCCCACCAUCAACGCCACUGGUGAUGGCAGCGAGGUCUUAGUUGCUGCGGGCACCAGCAAAUCUAUUAAGGUCAAGGUACACAUCAUCGGACAGUUUAUUGUGCAGACCCGAUUCGUCUGCCAGUUUAACAUCGAGGGACGCGUUACUAGCUUGACUGCCCAGCUGUUGGGGGACACAAUUUAUUGCGACAGCAUGGAAUUCCAGUACACAUCGAGGUCUCCCAAUUUGACUGCAACAUUUGCCGUUAUCUGGGGCGGCUCUAAGCCCCUGGAUAAUCCACACAAUAUUCAUGUUGUCAUUUAUCGUUGUCGGGAUAUGGCGGACAGUUGUGGCAUUUGCCUGGCCUUGGCUGAGAAAUACAACUGCGGUUGGUGCUCAUCGACAAACUCCUGCGAGGUGGAGGAACAGUGCAAUAAAAAUAAUGAGGGCAAAACCGAUUGGCUUAAUCGCAAUGAGAUUUGCCCGAAUCCCGAAAUACAGUCGUUCGAGCCCAAAACCGGUCCCUGGGAGGGAGGCACUAAUAUUACCAUACGCGGCAUAAAUCUGGGCAAAAACUACAUGGAUAUCUAUUCGGGUGUACGAAUUGCUGGCAUCAACUGUAUGCCUUUUAAGGAAUUCUACAUUGAUACAAAACAGAUCGUGUGUAUUGUGGACAGUCCCGGAGAGCAAAUGUAUCGGAAUGGACGGAUUGUGGUGCAAAUUGGUGACUAUCGUGGCGAAUCGAAGGAAGAUUAUGAAUUUGUUGAUCCGAAAAUAUCGAACUUUUAUCCAAAAUUCGGUCCAACUUCUGGUGGCACAGAAAUCCGUAUAAUUGGCAAGCAUUUGAAUGCUGGAUCGCGCAUCCAAGCCUUCAUCAACGACCAUUUGCCAUGCCAAAUACUAAGUGCUGACAGUUCCGAAGCUAUUUGUCGUACCUCGCCAUCACCGGGCAUUAUCGAGGGACGUUUAAAAAUGUCCUUCGACAAUGGGCCGCGUGAGUUUAACGACUAUAAUUUUAAAUAUGUACUCGAUCCCACAGUUGAGCAGGUUAGCUCGGGACCCACAGCACAAAUCAAGGUUGCCAAAGGCAUUCCCGCUGGCGGCAUAAGAAUCGCAGUCACAGGAACACAAUUUACGAGCAUACAAAGUCCAAGCAUUUAUGUCUAUUAUAAAGGACAAAUGUAUACAAGUGGCUGUCUUGUGAAAUCUGAUACGGAAAUGGAAUGCGCCUCCCCAAUAAUUGAGGCAGAUAGCGAAACAUUGAAUGCCGAUAAUCCAACACAACUUGAAUAUGGUUUUCUAAUGGACAAUGUACUCAGGGUGCAAAACCUUUCAAAGACUCAUAACAAUUACUUUGAACUCUAUCCGAAUCCGCAAUAUUUCCCCUUUGAGGAGCGCGUAAAAUACUUUAAGAGCGAAUAUCUAACUAUAAAUGGUCGCAACCUUGAUCGGGCCUGUAAGGAGAGCGAUGUGGAAGUAAAGAUUGGCAAUGGUUUCUGCAAUAUAACCUCGUUAUCGCGUCAGCAACUCACCUGCCGACCUCCUACAGAGGCUGCAGCGGCGACGGGUACUGGUGGGGGUCCCGAGGUAAUUGUGCGUAUUGGAUCCUCACUUGAAUACCGCAUUGGAAUACUCAGUUAUGCAUCGUCCAAUUUUAUAACGGACUUUGGUGACAAUUUUCUAAUGGGCAUUGUAGCUGGCAUUGUUGUCCUCCUGCUGAUCUUCGUCGCUCUUCUUGUGGCGUAUAAGAAGAAGAGCAGCGAAUCAAGUCGCGUUUUGCGGAACAUGCAGGAGCAGAUGGAUAUCCUGGAGUUGCGUGUAGCCGCCGAGUGCAAGGAGGCAUUUGCGGAGCUGCAAACUGAAAUGACAGACCUGACUGGUGAUCUCACAUCGGGUGGCAUACCAUUCCUUGAUUAUCGUUCCUAUGCCAUGAAAAUACUCUUCCCUAACCAUGAAGAUCACAUUGUUUUGCAAUGGGAGAGACCAGAACUGCUACGGAAAGAGAAAGGCCUACGUCUAUUUGGUCAGCUCAUCAUGAACAAAACAUUCUUGCUACUCUUCAUACGCACACUCGAAUCGAAUCGUUAUUUCUCUAUGCGCGAACGCGUCAAUGUAGCCUCACUAAUUAUGGUUACACUGCAAUCGAAAUUGGAAUACUGCACAGAUAUCCUAAAAACAUUGUUGGGUGACCUCAUCGAGAAAUGCAUUGAGGGAAAAAGUCAUCCAAAACUAUUGCUACGUCGCACGGAAAGUGUUGCGGAAAAGAUGUUGAGUGCCUGGUUUACGUUCCUCUUGUAUAAAUUCCUCAAAGAGUGUGCCGGUGAGCCUCUCUAUAUGCUCUUCCGUGCUGUCAAGGGGCAGGUGGAUAAGGGUCCCGUCGACGCCUGCACUCAUGAGGCUCGCUACUCCUUGAGCGAAGAGAAAUUGAUUCGGCAGUCAAUCGAUUUCCGACCCAUGACUGUGUACGCGAGUAUUAUACAGCAACCUAUAUUCUGUAACAACCUGGAUAUGUUGCCCCUACACACUGAAAAUGUGUCUGUCAAGGUUCUUGACUGCGACACCAUUGGGCAGGUUAAGGAGAAAUGUUUGGAGACAAUAUACAGAAAUAUACCAUCCAGCCAAAGGCCACGCAAGGAUGACUUAGACUUGGAAUGGCGAACUGGUGCUACGGGCCGAGUUAUUUUGUACGAUGAAGACGCAACUUCGAAAACCGAAAGUGAAUGGAAGAAACUAAACAAUUUACAGCACUAUAAUGUUCCAGAUGGAGCUGGACUUAGCCUAGUUCCCAAACAAAGCUCUAUCUAUAAUUUCAGUAUAUUGUCGGAUAAAAACGAAAAAUCUCACAAAUACGAAACUCUUAAUAUAUCGAAAUAUACAUCAUCCUCACCAACAUUUAGCCGCGCUGGCAGCCCUUUGAACAAUGAUAUGCCCGAAAAUGGCUUAAAAUACUGGCAUUUAGUCAAACAUCAUGACAGUGAUAUACAAAAGGAGGGCGAACGCGUCAACAAAUUAGUCUCAGAAAUCUACUUAACAAGACUUCUAGCAACUAAAGGCACCUUGCAGAAAUUUGUAGAUGAUCUAUUUGAGACAAUAUUCAGCACCGCACAUCGUGGGUCGGCUCUGCCCUUAGCCAUCAAAUAUAUGUUUGACUUUUUGGACGAUCAAGCCAUACAUCAUGGCAUUACAGAUCCUGAAGUUGUGCACACAUGGAAAAGCAACAGCUUACCACUACGCUUCUGGGUGAACUUGAUAAAAAAUCCAAAUUUUGUAUUUGAUAUUCACAAAUCGAACAUUGUCGAUUCCUGUCUGUCUGUCGUUGCUCAAACGUUCAUGGAUUCCUGCUCGACUUCUGACCAUCGAUUGGGGAAAGAUUCGCCAAGCUCGAAACUGUUGUACGCAAAAGAUAUUCCAGAGUAUCGCAAAUGGGUAGACCGCUAUUACAGGGAUAUCCGGGACAUGCCACCUAUAUCAGAUCAGGAUAUGAACGCAAUGCUCGCCGAGGAAUCUAGAUUGCACACAACGGAGUUUAAUACAAACUGCGCCCUGCAUGAGCUCUACACCUAUGCUGUGAAGUACAAUGAACAGUUGACGGUCACACUAGAGGAGGAUGAAUUUUCACAGAAGCAGCGACUUGCCUUCAAAUUGGAACAAGUUCACAAUAUCAUGUCGGCAGAAUAGAACUCAUCAGAACUACAGAGAGCAUUCAACACGAUGCAGGCGGCGAAUUUUUUGAAAAGGUCUGCAUCGAAACUUUGGUGUUAAUAUUAGAAACAACCGAAGGUUGAGCAGAAACAGCCAUUUCACUAAAUAUAACAUACCACCUAUAUAUGUAUACCCCAUUGCGAAUGCGAACUUACAUAAAUGCUUUAUCCGUUCCAUUCUUCUUUAUUAUUAUGUGAUUAAAUGAUGAUUCGCGAAAUACAUAUGUACAAAGUUGCAAAGAUUUUGGCAUUACAAAACAAUCCGCUCUAUACACAAUUUAACGUCAACGUCAGCAACGCACAUAAAUAUUUUUUGAAUUUACGCCAAAAUUACGCGUCACAAUUCCAAUUUGUAUCUGGUAUCUGUAUUACCUAUACAUAUAUAUGCAUUAUCUGUAUGUGUCCGCUCCCAAAAUACAGUACAAAGAAUAUUUAUGAGCAAUUCGAAGUUGUACGAUAAACAGCAAUAUACUCACGUUCUCUCUAAUAUUGGAGGAAGCAAUAAGGUCAAGUUUUGUCUCUUUGUGUAGAUAGAUAUGUGUCAAUGAUAAAUAUUUCAAUAUUGCCAUAAUAAUGCUCUUUGAUCAAACAAUGCCAGAAUAAAAAAAGAAAGAAAUGGAUUGAAAAACAAAUGAACAAAGCAAAAGCAAAGCAACGUUAAGUAAAGUAAAGUUAAAAUGAAAGCAAAGGAUGUUUAAAUUAUGAGAACAGAACAUCAAAGCAAAUAUGCAAAAUGUGCAACAACUAAAAUAAAUACGAGAAAACAAAACAAAUUGUAGAACUACCAGCAUUCCGAUCACAACUCGCCAACAAGCUGCAAGACGCCAUUCACCAUAAUGUAUGUACGAUCAUCAUGUAUAUCAUUUAGAUACAUAUGUACUAUGUGUCGACUUUGCUCAUUUAAUAUUAUUAUAUGUAUGUACUGCGUGUAAGUAAGUGUCUAAGAUCGGAUAUCGAUAUUAAAUUAAUCCAAACGUAAAA